UGUCCAAAUUUUCUGUAUUUAUACCUUUGCUCAAAUAGAUUUAGCUUUAUAUCAUUCGUGUUCUCAUCCAAUCGGGUAUCUUUUAAAUUAAAACAAAAAUGGCUUCUCCUGUUUUUAUAACAAACGAUCAAGUUAAAAGUGUUUUAACUUGGCCAUUGGUCCAUGAAUCAAUCGAAGAAGCAUUUAAAUCAGUUGUUGUAAGGAAAGACAAAUCUUUGAAAGAUCAAGAUCAACCCAAUGCUCAACAAAAAGCUAAAGUUCGAACAUCGACACCCAAUAACGGUGCAUCUCUCGCUACUAUGCCAGGAUAUAUUGGCAAUCAUAAAGUAACUCUUGAAUCAGGUGAUCGUAAAACAUUCCAAACUUUAGCAUGUAAAUUAGUCACGAGGUCACCCAACAAUAUUCAUCUCAAACCACCAAUUCCACGCAUACUUGCUAAUAUUUUGCUUUUUGAUGAACAAACUGGACAGUUAGAGUGUGUUAUGGACGGAACACUAAUAACUGCCUGGAGAACAGCUUCAGCUUCUGUUGUAGCCACAAAGUAUUUGUAUUUUGGAAGAAAAAAUGUUAAUCCUUCUGACGGAGUAACCUUGGCGCUAAUUGGUUGUGGAGUUCAAGGUGAAAGUCAUGCUUUAGGAAUGUGUACAGAGUUUAAAGUCAAUGAGAUUCGUCUAUUGAAUCGAACAGCUAGCAAAGCUGUCGAAUUGUCUGCUCAAUUGGAUACGGCAAGGAAGACUUUUGUUAAUCCAAAUCCAAUAGUGACAGUAUGUCCAACAAUUGGUGAAUGUUUUUCAGAUGCUGAUAUUGUAGUCACUUCUACACAAACAGAAGAACCUCUGGUACACUUGGAAAUGCUUAAAAAAGAUGUACACAUCAAUGGUGAGUAUAGAGAUCUUGAUUCCAUUCAAAUAUUAAUUAAGAAUUUUCUUUCAGCCGUUGGAGCAAGUGUCAAUUCUUACAGUGAACUUGGUCAAGACAUUUAUGAUGUUGCUCCUGUAUACAUUGAAUAUUGGGCUGGAGCAAAAGCAGACCUUGCUGAUUUGAAAACCAAUAUUGUGUGCGAGGUGGGUGAAGUUAUACUCGGUAGUGGCAAGUGCCCAGAGAACGGGAUUUCAGUAUUUCAUUCAAUGGGCAUGGCUGUGGAAGACGCUGCUGUGGUUCAAGCUGUUUAUCAGAAUCUUAAGAAGAAAUAAGAAAACUAAAAUUGUUUUUGUUGUUAUCUUAAUUGAAUCGUUUAUUUUCAAAACAUAAGUCCAUUUUGAAUUUUUUUUGUUGAACCCACAAAAACGAUGAUUUUAUUUAUUGUUAUGAAUUAAAAUUUAAUAAAUAAAUAAUUUGUUGUAUAAGGAUAAUAUUUGCAUUUAAAGUAAAAAUCAAACUUGUUAAAUAAAAAAAAAUAUUUUGUCAGAAACUUUUUUUGAGGAGAUGGACUUAUAAUGUUUUGAAAAU